GGUUAAACGUCAAUAUUGUCAAACUGUUUCUGAUGAAAAAUUGAGGUACUGCGAUUUAAUUUUUAUAAUAAUAAUCAUCACCGGUAUGAAAUAAGAUACACAAAAUGAAUCAAGCAAUCAACGUAGAACAACUGAACUCUGCAUUGUCAUCGCUUCGAACGGUGCGUUCGAAUGUGAGCCUUGUUUUUGAAACCCUUUCGAAUGGACUGCGAGCCGAUCACGGUGAAGAUGGCAAAGAUAAAUUUCUCAUGGAGUUGCAGGAACUCCUUUAUAUUGUAAGCAACAAUCUUCGAGACCUGGAACAGACUGUCAACGCUCUGCCUAUUCCGGUUCCAUUUAACCUCGGUAACACAACAUAUUUAAGCCAAGAAACAACACAAGAUCGUCAAGCAUUGUAUACUCAACUUGUAAACAGUUACAAAUGGACCGAUAAGAUUCACGAGUACAGCUCCUUUGCACAAACAUUAUUAAGUCAGAACUCCUUGAAGCGAUCCUACAUAAAUUCGGGCAGCACGAAGCGUCGCGGGAAGCUUCAAAGUAACCACAACGUGGCGCCGCUGCAAGUGGAUAAUGUCAUAAAUAAUAUCGACAGAUCUUACAAUGAUAUGAAGAUAACAAUAUCGCGUCCUUUUGCAAGUAAUGCUGUUGUUUCCAUCAACUUAAGCCAUGUUUUAAAAGCCGUGGUGGCAUUUAAAGGUUUACUAAUGGAAUGGGUGAUGGUUAAAGGCUAUGGUGAAACAUUAGACUUGUGGACAGAAUCUAGGCACCAUGUUUUCAGAAAGGUGACUGAGAGUGCCCAUGCAGCUAUGCUUCAUUUCUACUCCCCAACUCUACCCGAGUUAGCAGUGAGGUCAUUUAUGACAUGGUUACAUAGUUAUGUGAAUUUGUUUAGCGACCCAUGCAAGAAAUGUGGCUGCCACCUCCACCACACAUCUCUACUGCCGCCUGCAUGGCGAGACUUCCGUACCCUUGAACCGUUUCAUGAUGAGUGCAAACAAUAGUUAAUGUGGUAUUGAACAGGAAAGCUCAAACAGUUUUCAUGUUCCUGCUUUCCUGUUCAAUAUUAACUGAAAUUAUAGACUAUGUCAGUAGUGAAUGUGCUAUAAACAUUGAAUAUAACUUUAGUUUCGCAGUGGGAAAAAUAUCAUGACUAUGUUAACAUAAAAACACACUUAUAACCCAGAGGGGGCAGAGACCAUGGAUGUACAUUGUACAAGAUCCAGCCACGCCUCUCACUUCUACAUUUAUAUAUCUGUAUGUACACGCACAUCGGUUUUCUUAUAAAAACCUUUGUUUACCUACCUUACUUACGUAAUAAACAAGUCUAUAUUGUGUAUUGGUAGUUUCUGUGGUUUUGCAAUUGUACUAUUAUAUAGUUUUAUUAAUGUAGUAUUAAUCAAUUUAUUGUACUAUCAAAUUGUAUUAUACGAAAUGCAGAUAAACAUCCACUAAAAUAUUUUAGGCAUAGAAAUAGAUUUCUCACA